AUGCAGCACUGUUCACUUGAAGUGAACUUGAAAACCAUCUGUACACGAUCGCGCCCCCUUCUAUUCGUCGCCCACGCUUCCAACCGUCUGUCCCUUCCAUUCGCCGCCAUCCCUUCCGCUCGUCGCCCUCCCUUCCGCGCGUCGCCCUGCUCGUCGCUCUACCUUUCGCCCGUCGCCCUCCCAUCCGUUCGCCGCUCUACCUGCUACGCGUCGCCCUCCCAUCCGAUCGUCGCUCCCGUCGCCCUCCCUUCCGUCCGUCGCCCUCCCUUCCGCCCGUCGUCUACCCUUCCGCCCGUUGCCAACCCUUCCGCCCGUCGCUCUCUGUCCCGUCCGUCGCUCUCCCUUCUGCACGCCGCUCUCCCUUCCGCCCGUAGCCUUCCCUUCGUCCCGACGCCCUGCCUCCCGCUCGUCCCCUCGCAAUCCCCAUCUUCCACUCUCCCCGUCGCCCUCGCCAUCCCUCCAGUCUCCCUUCCCAUCGCGCACACUUGUCACCUUUCCCUGCUUCCACCCAUCCACUUCCCUGCUUCGCCCCACCCCUUCCCUGCUUCCCCCCAUCCCCCUCCCUGCUUUCCCUCAUCCAAUUUCCUGCUUCCCCAUGUCCCCUUCCCUGCUUCCCCCCAUCCCCUUCCCUGCUUGCCCCCACCCCUUCCCUGCUUCCCCCCAUCCCCUUCCUUGCUUCCCCCCAUCCCCUUCCAUGCUUCCCCCCAUCCCCUUCCCUGCUUCCCCAUGUCCCCUUCCCUGCUUGCCCCCAUCCCCUUCCCUGCUCCCCCAUGUCCCCUUCCCUGCUUUCCCCCAUCCCCCUCCCUGCUUCCCCCCAUCCCCUUCCGUGCUUUUCCCCCUCCCGUUUCCAUCGCUUUCCCCCUCCCGCCGCCCUCGCUCUCCCCCUCCCGUCGACCUCACUUUCCCCCUGCUCACUCGCAUCCCCCCUGCUCACUCUCUUUGCCUCUGCUCACUCUCUUCCCCCUUUCUCACUCUGCUCCCCCUUCCUCACUCUCUCUAUCCCCCCCUCCUCUAUUCCCCCCUGCUCUUUUCCCCCCUGCUCUAUUCCUCCCUGCUCUAUUUCCCCCUGCUCUAUUCCCCCCUGCUCUAUUCCCCCCUGCUCUCUCCCCCCUUGCUCUCUCUCUUCACACCUCCUCACUCUGUUCCCCCUUGCUCACUCGGUUUUCCCAUUGCUCAUUCUCUUCCCCCCUGCUCACUCUCUUUCCCCAUUGCUCAUUCUCUUCCCCGCUGCUCAUUCUCUUUCCCCUUGCUCAUUCUGUUUCCCCCUGCUCAUUCUGUUCCCCCCCUGUUCACUCCCUUCCCCCAUGCCCACCCUCUUUCCCCCUGCUCACUCCCUUUCCCCCCUUCUCACUCUCUUCCCCCCUCCUCACUCUCUUUCCCCCCUGCUCAAUGUCUCCCCUGAACUCUGUUUUUUCCUGCUCAUUCUGUACAGGUCCCCAGCACCAGGUGUAG